UUAUUAGGAUUUAAUUAAUGUUUAAAUAAAUCGGUAUUUACUAUUUAGGUGAAUAAAACGGAGACAAUUAUUGUAAGUGACUCUGAGACCACAUCUGAAAAUGUUGUAAGUAAAAAUAAUUAAGCCAUCUAAUUUGUUAUUUAUGUAAGUUGUAUAUUUUUUCAUACAAUUAAUAACCAAUUUUAGUUGUUUCUUUUUUUCUAAAAGAUUUUGGAAAAUCUUUAAACCUUUAAAAGUUGGUAAGCCAGGUAAGUUAGUACUGUAAUACUUUAUACUUAAAUUAUCUUGUGGACUAUUGCAAUGCUUUAUUCUUUUUUUGAUAAUUUUAGUAACUCCAUUAUAAUACAGUAUAUUUUUUAAUCAUAAAAUAUAGACAAUAGUUAUUACUUACUUUAGCUAUGAGUAGAAACAUUGUGUUACCUACUUAUUUGUUUGUCAUUAUUUAUGGUUCAUUUUAACAGUAGCCAUGAAGAAGAUGAUGAGAAUAAUGAUAAUUUAUAUGAACUCAACACGGAUAUCAGGACAGGAUGUGACAAGGCUAUUGGAAAAAAUAAUAAUAAUGGACAUAAUCGCGAUUCUUGUCUCUUGUGUGUUCACAAACUAAUUUAUUCACUCAAUAUGCACUCUCCUUUAUACGCUAAUCUUUUUACUGCCAUCGAAUUUGUAUUAACUCUAUCUGUGAGUCAAGUAAAUUGCGAACGUGUUUUCAGUAAAUUGAAAAUAAUUAAAAAUCGUUUACGUUCUUCUCUUGGAAAUGAACACUUGGAAGCAUUUCUCCUAAUGACAGUUGAAAGAGAAAUUUUAGAUGAAAUUGAAUUUGAAGACAUACUUGAAAUAGUAAAGAGUUCAUCUCCGUUAAUGUCUAAGCUGUUGUCAAAAUAUUAAAUAUUACAAUUUAUAAACUAUACCUAUAAAAUAUCAUUAGUUUUAUUUUGUUUAAUUGUG